GCCCUUAAAAUUCUUUCAGACCUGGAUAUCUACCUGUGUGAGACCAAUAAAGUCUUGAGACUCUAGGACAGAGACCACCACUAGGCACAAACAUCACCUGUUUGCAUGAUUAUGGAGAUGGUCUACAUGAUGUUGAAAAUGCCCCUAGUUUUUUGACAACGGCUAAAUAACCAUGGGGUCAAGUGGACUUGGGAAAGCGGCAACAUUAGAUGAACUGCUGAGCACUUGCAUUGAGAUGUUUGAUGACAAUGGAGAGCUGAAUAAUAGUUAUUUGCCAAGAAUAGUUCUACUUAUGCACCGAUGGUAUUUAUCUUCCACUGAGUUGGCAGAAAAACUUCUCUGCAUGUAUCGAAAUGCCAGUGGAGAAAGCUGUGAUGAAUUUCGAUUAAAGAUCUGUUACUUCAUGAGGUACUGGAUUCUGAAGUUUCCCGCAGAGUUUAAUUUGGACCUCGGUUUGAUCCGUAUGACUGAGGAAUUCCGGGAAGUAGCUAGUCAACUAGGAUAUGAGAAACACGUCAGCCUCAUCGACAUAUCCAGCAUUCCUUCCUAUGACUGGAUGAGAAGAGUCACACAGAGGAAAAAAGUAUCCAAGAAGGGAAAAGCCUGUCUGCUCUUUGACCAUCUGGAGCCCAUUGAAUUGGCUGAGCACCUCACUUUUCUGGAGCAUAAAUCUUUUAGAAGGAUCUCAUUCACUGAUUACCAAAGCUAUGUCAUCCAUGGCUGCCUGGAGAAUAACCCAACCUUGGAGAGAUCAAUUGCUUUAUUUAAUGGAAUCUCUAAGUGGGUCCAGUUGAUGGUUCUUAGCAAACCAACCCCUCAGCAAAGGGCAGAAGUCAUCACAAAGUUUAUCAAUGUUGCCAAGAAGCUCCUUCAGCUCAAAAAUUUUAACACCCUGAUGGCAGUGGUAGGAGGCCUUAGUCAUAGCUCCAUUUCCCGGCUCAAAGAGACCCAUUCUCAUCUUUCUUCAGAAGUUACAAAGAACUGGAAUGAAAUGACGGAGCUGGUCUCCUCCAACGGCAAUUACUGUAAUUACCGCAAGGCCUUUGCCGACUGUGAUGGCUUCAAAAUCCCAAUCCUUGGCGUCCACUUGAAAGACUUGAUAGCGGUCCAUGUCAUUUUCCCAGACUGGAUGGAGGAGAACAAAGUGAACAUUGUGAAAAUGCACCAGCUCUCCGUUACCUUGAGUGAACUGGUCUCCCUACAGAGUGCCUCUCACCACUUGGAACCCAACCUGGAUUUGAUCAACUUGCUCACGCUUUCUCUGGACCUCUAUCACACAGAAGAUGAUAUUUACAAACUAUCACUGGUGCUGGAACCUAGAAAUUCUAAAUCGCCUACCUCCCCUACGACGCCCACCAAGCCCGUGGUGCCCCUGGAGUGGGCCUCAGGCGUGAUGCCAAAGCCAGAUCCUACAGUCAUCAACAAGCACAUAAGGAAAUUAGUUGAGUCUGUGUUUAGAAAUUAUGACCAUGACCAGGACGGGUACAUCUCCCAAGAGGACUUUGAAAGUAUAGCUGCCAAUUUUCCCUUCUUGGAUUCCUUUUGUGUGCUGGACAAAGAUCAGGAUGGUCUAAUUAGUAAGGAUGAAAUGAUGGCUUACUUCCUGAGAGCUAAGUCCCAACUACACUGUAAAAUGGGACCGGGAUUUGUCCAUAAUUUUCAGGAGAUGACCUAUCUCAAGCCAACCUUCUGUGAACACUGUGCAGGAUUUCUCUGGGGCAUAAUCAAGCAAGGAUACAAAUGCAAAGACUGUGGAGCCAACUGUCAUAAACAGUGCAAAGACCUCCUGGUUCUGGCCUGCCGGAGAUUUGCCCGGGCGCCCUCCUUGGGCAGCGGUCAUGGGUCACUGCCUGGAAGUCCCUCGUUGCCUCCAGUGCAGGAUGAGGUGUUCGAGUUCCCUGGCGUCGCAUCUGGACACCGAGACCUGGACAGCAGAGCCAUCACACUGGUCACAGGCUCCUCUCGCAAGAUCUCCGUGCGGCUGCAGCGGGCCACCACCAGCCAGGCCACCCAGACCGAGCCUGUGUGGUCAGAGGCUGGCUGGGGGGACUCAGGGUCCCACACCUUCCCCAAAAUGAAGUCCAAGUUCCAUGACAAAGCAGCAAAGGACAAAGGCUUUGCCAAGUGGGAAAAUGAGAAGCCCAGGGUGCAGGCUGGUGUGGAUGUUGUUGACCGAGGCACUGCGUUCGAACCAGACCAGGAUGAAGCUGACAUGGUUGAGACCAGACAGGACGGUGAGGAAGGCUGACUUCAGGCUGAGGACACUGAAGGCAACUGUGUUGGCAUUUGGAAGGAGCAAGAUGAGACGCUCUGAAGAACACUCCAAAACUCAGGAAGUUAUCUGAAAAGAUAUCUGGACAUUUACUGCCUUGUGACACUGUGGGAUCUCCCUAAUUGAACUAUGGGACAGAGGACUUACCCUAUGAACUAUUUAUUUCCUCCUUCCCUGCUCCUAGUGAGGUGCCACAAAGACUGUGUUAUGUAGUUGGUAGUUUUCUCUCCUAUCUUUCUCUAGAGCCAUUUAUAUACGGGUGAAAUGAAAGCUUUUGUGCAUGUACUUAAUAUUCAUUCUCUAAACUCAGACUUUACUUUUUCUGUGAGAAUGUUAUUUCAGUACUUUUAUAAACUUUUGAGGGGGGUGUUUAACGAGGAGUCGAUUUAGGGGUCUUUUUGUGUGCUCUUUUGGACGGGACCAGGACUUAUUUUUUUGAGGGACAAAGAAGCUCUUCCAGACUUGGAAGGCAGUGGUUCUUCUAAUGAUGAUCUGCUGCAAGGA